AAGAUGGUAGUAAAGUGACUCUUGUCCCGUUAAGCCCCUCUUCAAUCAAACUUUCAAGUCCAACCCCAGUCUUUGUCUCUUGACCACUCUCUUCCUACAACCAACAAAAUGCCCAUCUCAAUCCCUCAAGCUAACAAUCUAACCGGCCUCUUCAGCCUAAAAUGGAAGGUCAUCGUGGUAACCGGCGCCUUCAGCCCCCGCGGCAUCGGCUUCGAAGCAGCCCACGGCUGCGCCGAAAUGGGCACCUCCGUGGCAAUCACCUACUUCACCCGCGAAGACAGCGCAAAGCAAAACGCGGAAGCCCUCACCAAAGAGUACAACGUCAAAGUCCAAGCCUACCACUGCGACAUCCGCGACUACGCCGCCGCCAAGGCCCUAGUUGACAAUGUCCUACGAGACUUUGGGCAGAUUGACGGGUUUAUUGCGAACGCGGGCCGCGCAGCGAACGCAGGCGUGCUGGAAGGUAUUAUUGCGGACUGGAUGGAGAUCGUGCAGACAGAUCUGAGCGGGACAUUCCACUGCGCGAAAACGGUUGGGGAGCACUUUAAGGCGCGGGGGCGGGGUUUGUUCGUGGUGACUUCGUCGAUGUCGGGGCACAUAGCGAAUUUCCCGCAGGAGCAGACGUCGUACAAUGUUGCUAAGGCGGGGUGUGUGCAUUUUGCGAGAUCGCUGGCGAAUGAGUGGAGGGAUUUUGCGAGGGUGAAUUCUGUGUCGCCGGGAUAUAUUGAUACGGGGUUGUCGGAUUAUAUGGGGAGGAAUGGGGUUGCGAAGGAGUUGAAGGGGCUGUAUGUUUACUUGGUUAGUGAUGCUAGUACUUACACUACUGGUGCGGAUGUUGUUGUUGAUGGGGGAUACACUGCGCGGUAAUUUGGGGAUGUUUUUGGUAUCGAAAUAUCGCGCAGGAAUCGAGUCUAGACUUUGUCAAUUCAUUGGUACUUCGGAACAAAUCUCUGCGUAUGCAAUGACUCUAAGGUACUCCUAUAUACAAUUUUUGAUUUUGUAAUUCACAAAUGACCAGCAAUAC